CAAACUUAAAUCAUUCAAACAAUUCUAUUUCUUAACCGCUCCACCUUCUCUCUCUCUCUCUCCUCCCUCUUUCUCUCUCCCAAAUUAGCUCAUUCUCCUUCAUUUCUAAUUCACACACACUCCAUUUAUCUCUCUUGCUAAAAUAUGGUGAGACUAAAACAACAACAACAACAACAACAACCAUACAAUAUAAAUGAUGUGAAAUCACACAUAGCUAUUGAAACUUGUAACAUUUACCACAAUUCCCAUUUUUCUUGCAUUCAUCAUAAUCAUAAUUUUCUUAAUAAAAUCACCAUUCAAUCUCCAUUUAUUGAUUGGUACUUAAUUCUUAGAGUAGCAGAAGAUGCAAGCAUUUCUACCAUUAAAAAGCAAUACCAUAAACUAGCAUUGUUGCUUCAUCCAGACAAGAAUAAACAUCCCAAGGCAGAAUUUGCUUUCAAGCUUAUUUCCCAGGCCAAAUCAGCAGUAAUAGACUCAACAAUUUCAACAAUUAUAAACACUGCCUUCAUUUUGCAGGCAUAUAAUUGUUUAUCUGAUGAUGCAAAAAGGGUUUCUUUCAACUUAGAGAGAUGGAGAAACAAGUGCACUGAAUGCAGAAAAAUCCCACACAACAUUUAUCCUACAAAAAACACUAAUAUCAACACAACAAACUUGCCAAACUCGACCAGAAACUCGAGAUUUUACAAAAUACAGCAACAUUUCAGAGGCAUCAGAGAGAAAUUUAUAGUGGAAGCCAGGGUCAUAGAAGAGUGCAUUCGGGUUAAUCAAGCUCCAAAAAACGAGUACCCGGUUUUCGAUCCAUCGAGUUAUACACACCAAGGCUAUCCACAUAGAAGAAAUGAUUUGUUUUACAAGAAAGGUGCAAGUUUUUGGAAUGUGAAUGUGCAAAACAGGAACUUGGUUCCAAAUUAUGAUCAAAGAAGAGGCAGAUGUGAAAGUCCCAUAUUUGAGCUUAGAACAAAUUAUGGUUCCUUAAAUGUUAAUUCUGCUUGUGUUAGUUCUUAACAGUUAGUAAGAUCAUUUCAAAAAUGACAAAAGAACACAACAAGAUUUAGUGUUUUUUCCGCAUAUUGUACUGUUGACAGGCCAUAUAUAUAAAGUUAGUUGAUGGUGUUUU